UUCGAUCCGAGGACCAUGAAGAUGUAGGAUAGCGUAAAACUUUUCCCACUCCACUUCCCAGCCGCACGCCUCCCUCUCACUUCACUCUCUUCUCCCCAGUCUUCGGUUCACCGCCCAGCGCCCCGCCUGCCACCGAACGUCCUGUCGUUUUUCAUUCACCGGCAAGUCCCGAUUCCACCAGCCGCCGGUCACUCUCCUCUUUUAGUUUCAGCUGCUUCUCUCCUCUGUCUCAUCUUCUCCAAGUUUGAAAGGCGAGAAAUCAGUUUCAUUAAUUUGAAAUGAAAUUCCAAAACCUUUGUUCUACCAAAAGUUCCAGUCUAUGUGCAUUUGUCAGAGCUUCAAGCUCUUCGCAUUUUGGAGCUAUGAAGCUUGGAACCAUUGGAGUGACGACUUCGCUAUCUUCCAGAUCCUCAAGAAUGACUGUUUGCGCAGUUAGUUUCCGCCCUUGUAUUGAUAUACACAAGGGGAAAGUGAAACAAAUUGUUGGAUCGACUCUUCGAGAUUCAGAGCAGGAUGGAUCAAUUCUUCUCACCAAUUUUGAGUCAGAUAAAUCAGCUGCAGAGUAUGCAAACUUGUAUAAACAAGAUGGGCUUACAGGCGGUCAUGCCAUCAUGCUUGGAGCAGAUCCUUUGAGCAUAGUCGCUGCCCUCGAAGCAUUGCAUGCCUAUCCUGGUGGCUUACAGGUUGGGGGUGGGAUAAAUUCAGAAAAUGCUUCUAGUUAUAUUGAAGAAGGAGCUAGCCAUGUCAUUGUUACUUCAUUUUGUCACAGUAUGUGUUCAAUAAUGGACAAAUGGAUCUUACAAGGCUUAAAGAUCUUGUUCGCAUUGUUGGGAAACAGAGGCUUGUGCUGGAUCUCAGUUGUAGAAAAAAGAUAUGCAAUUGUGACGGACAGAUGGCAGAAGUUCAGCGAUGUAUUUCUUGAGGAGGAAGUCCUGGCUUUCCUGGCUGACUAUGCAGAUGAGUUUUUGGUCCAUGGUGUGGAUGUUGAAGGGAAAAAACUCGGCAUUGAUGAAGAGCUAGUGACAUUGCUCGGCAAGUAUUCACCGAUUCCUGUCACAUAUGCAGGCGGGGUUACGACGAUGGCAGACUUAGAAAGGAUCAAAGAUGCGGGCAUGGGGCGUGUGGACGUUACUGUGGGAAGUGCUUUGGAUAUUUUUGGAGGAAAUAUGGCAUACAAGGAUGUUGUUGAAUGGCAUGCCAGGCAGAAGUUGAUCGAUGGUAUCCGAAGUGUGGUCAGAAUCAGUGGUCGGAAGUUUGCUAGCAGAGGUCGCCGACGGUGGUCGUCGAAGUUGGCCGAUAGUGAUCACCAAAUGUGGUGGUCAAAGUUGGCUGAUGGUGAUCAAAGUUUGGCUAGAGUUGGUAGCCGAAAGUCUAUCGACGGUGUCGUCGGAAGUGGUGAUCGAAGGUGGCCGACGAUGGUCGUCGGAGGUGGUAGUCGGUGUUGGCCUAUAGCGGCCACCAGAGGUGGUGUUUGGAAGUUGGCCGACAAACUUCCUAAAUUAAAUUAGAAAAAAAAGUGUAACCCCAUGGAUUUGAAUAGUGUUUACUAUUCAAACUCAUGGGAAGAGGAUAGGAAGCCUGACUUCCUAAACUUUUGUUCCAAAUAAGGGUUGGGCUGAGGAUAUCUAACAUUUCACAAACUUAACCCUUGAAACAAACACCGCCAAAGUGGCUAUUUAUAGCCUUACAAGGAAAUAUGAAAAUAACUAAUUGAACAUUAAUUUAAUCUAAAUUAUCAACUAAACUAAACGUUGUACUAAUUAUCUUCUAAUUCUCUCAUCAAAUAGGGAUUUUAAUAUAGAAAAAUAUAUAUAUAAAAAAAAGGAUUGUAUAUACCUCUUGUGUGAACAAGGAUUUUAUGCUCCUAAUGCAAUCAUCCUCCAACCAA